AGCUAGAAACAAGAAAGAAGAAAAGCCAGAGCUUCUCUCUCGGUCUCAAAGCUUGUCUCCGAUUCAGUCUCUCUCCUCGCUCCUUGCGAAACCAGAAACGACAAUGGCAGCGAAAGGCGCGUGUCUCAACCACGUCUCGCGAGAAUCCUCCGACAUCCGGCGCUUAGCCGAGUUCUACAAAGAGAUUCUGGGAUUCGAGGAGGUGGAGAGCCCCAACUUCGAGUUCAAGGUGAUAUGGCUGAGCUUGCCCUCCACGGGCUUCUUCCUCCACCUCAUCGAGCGGUCGCCGGAGACCAGGCUCCCCGAGGGCCCGUACAGCGCGACCUCGCCGACCGUCGACCCCAAGUACCUUCCCGGAGGCCACCACGUCUGCUUCUCCAUCUCCAACUUCGAUGCUUUUGUGCAAACUCUCAAGGAGAAAGGGAUCGAAACUUUUCAGAGGGCUUUGCCGAAUGGCAAGGUGAAGCAGAUCUUCUUCUUCGAUCCAGAUGGUAAUGGUGUGGAGGUUGCGAGCAGGGAGGAUCCUUGAUUGGUGGUUGUUCGUCGAAGCGAAGCAGAGGAGGUCGAGAUGUGGUGGUUAGUAUGUAAGAAACUAUUACCAGACUUUGUGAAAUGGAGUUAGUUGUACCCGUGACCGAUCAUCCUGUAAACGCAAUUCUUACUAUCGUGAUCCCAGUCCGCAACACAACCUGAACUUGAUAUUCGUAUUGCUCUUUGAUCACUUUUAGUUGUGCAUCAUGCUAUUUCAGUGUGACCAAACCAAAAUCCAUUCAAUAAAUGAACAAGUAUGAACCCCAUGUGGUGUAGA